AUGGAACAUUGUGGUGUUAUAAAUCCAAAAAGGAAUCAUUCCGAUUCCAACAAAAAGUAUCCUAAAGUUGAAGAACAGAAAACAAGUUCCCAACAAGAAAAUAGUCAGACAAGUGGAAGUAAAAAUGACGAUGGUAGUCAGAAAAAAGAAAAAUUAGUCUUGAAAGUUUGUUCGAAAUCUAAUAGUUUUACAAGAAGAUUACAAACUUUACUAAAAGCAAAACCAUUUACCGCAAAUGCGAUUGAAAAUCAAAYRGCAUCAGCUACURACAUUAAAGAGUCAGUUAAUGAUACAGCAUCAAAUAAUGUGUUCGAAUUCGAUAGAGUAUCAGUUAACUUUAGCGAAUGCGAUAMAGAAUCUGUAAAAAGUUUUMAACUUGAAACUCAAUCGUUAAGAAGUUUAAAUAUGGAAAAUAGUGACAAGAAUAAUCCAGAAUUCGAUACGAUAUCGUUAAAUGAAACGUCUAAUGGAAGAUUAAAUAGUUGGAAGAGAAAGUCAAAUUGGGGAAAUCCAAAGCAAAAUGAAACGAAACAGACAMASAWUGAAUCUACGAAACAAGAAAAGGAGAAUAAAUGUUUGAUGUUAGUUUUACAUCAAUUUCCUGAUGAAUUACCAAAACUAUCAGUUGACGUUAAUAUUCUGUACGUCAUAUUAAUAUCGUACACCCASCAACUAAGUUAUUUGAUCGAAGCUGGCUACCCAUUUAAUAUAGAUUUCAAUAAGAAAUCUAAAUGCAAUAGUUUAGUACCAGCUGAUUUUGAAUACUCCACAUUGUAUGAAGUCAGAUGUGAGUUGUGUUACAGAUGGUACAACAUGUAUAAUCAUUCCRUWUUAWACGAUAGUGAACGAUGUAUAUAUCAUGAAAAGGAAUUAAAUAAACCAUUUUAUAGAAAUUCCAAAAAAACAUGGACCUGUUGUAAUAACGAAGUUGGUAAUUUGGGUUGUUUAAAAGCGAGCAAUCACAAUUGGAAUAAAUAUUUCUACAUACCAGAUAAUGAAUAUAAGGGUUUCAUUAAGACUAAACCAUCUACAGAAAAAAAAGAUUUUUAUGGUAUUUACGGACUUGAUUGUGGUAUGGUUCAAGUAGAAGGUGGAUUCAUGUUAUCCGAAGUUGCUUUGGURGAUGUAACCGGUAAAACUAUAUAUUUUUCUUUUGUAAACAUAMAAAGAAGAAUUCUGGACAGAAUGGUCAAACAUAAAUAUGAUCAAAUUAGAUCGUCCCAAAAAACAUUUVAAACAGUUCAAAAUGAACUACUACAAUUUAUAUCAUCGGAAACAAUUCUCAUAGGCCAUGGCCUUGAGAAUGAUCUCAAAGCCUUAUGCAUYAUACAUUAUAACGUUAUUGAUACCUCAUUAUUAUUGAACAAAGAAAAUGCAUUUCCCUAUCGAUACCGUUUGCAAGAAUUGGUUCAAUAUUUUCUGCAAAGGGAUAUUCAAUUAAGUGCUCAUUCAGCUGUAGAGGAUGCACUUGCUGCAAUACAAUUAACAUUGUAUAAAGUUUAUCAUGAUGGAUUUGACAGUACUAUUAUCAAUUCUAGUCCUAAUGUCAUCAAAAAAAUAAUUGAAAAUAAACAACAUGGAAGAAGAAAGAAGAAAAAUGGUGGUGCAGGUGCAGCGGCAGCACGAGCUUCAAAUAAUCUUGACAAUACAACGGAUAAUAAUUCGGAACAAAAGACUGAUAAACGGAUUAAACAAACAAAUAAACCAAUAAUUAARCAAAGAAAUCUACCGCC